AUGGGGGACUGGAAUUUCCUUGGAGGCAUUCUGGAGGAAGUUCACAUCCACUCCACCAUGAUUGGAAAGAUGUGGCUCACCGUCCUGUUCAUAUUUCGAAUGCUUGUUCUGGGUGUAGCUGCUGAAGAUGUCUGGAAUGAUGAGCAGUCUGGCUUCAUCUGUAAUACAGAACAACCCGGCUGCAGAAAUGUAUGCUAUGAUCAGGCCUUUCCUAUCUCCCUCAUUAGAUACUGGGUUUUGCAGGUGAUAUUUGUGUCUUCACCAUCCCUGGUCUACAUGGGCCAUGCUUUGUACCAACUGAGAGUUCUGGAGAAGGAGAGGCAGAUGAAGAAAGCUCAACUGAGGGGUGAACUGGAGGAGGUAGAGCUUGAAAUGCCUGGGGAUCGGAAGAGAUUGGAGCAAGAACUGCGUCAGCUUGAGCAAAGGAAACUAAAUAAAGCUCCACUCAGAGGAACCUUGCUUUGCACUUAUGUGAUACACAUUCUCACUCGCUCUGUGGUUGAAGUUGGGUUCAUGAUUGGACAGUAUCUUUUAUAUGGAUUUCACUUAGCGCCUCUAUUUAAAUGCCACGGCCACCCGUGUCCAAAUAUAAUUGAUUGUUUUGUCUCAAGACCCACAGAAAAGACGAUAUUCCUGUUAUUUAUGCAAUCCAUAGCUACUGUUUCACUUUUCUUAAAUGUUCUAGAAAUAUUCCAUCUAGGUUUUAAAAAGAUUAAAAGAGGGCUUUGGGGACAAUAUAAAUUGAAGGAUGAACAUAAUGAAUUUUGUACCAACAAGUCAAAACAAAACCUUGCCAGAUAUCAAAACACAUCUGCAAAUUCACUGAAACGAUUCUCUUCUGCACCUGAUUACAGUCUGUUAGUGGAAAAGCAAACACACACAGCAGCGUACCCUGGUUUAAAUCCACCUGCAUUUCAGACAGAUCCAGAUAAUCACAGUGGAAAUGAUGACAAAGGUAUUUUGGAUGAACAGGAAACGCUACUUUCUGAGAUGUGUAUGCUUAGUACUACCUGUGGUCAUCUUCAAAACAUCAACUCAAGUAAUAAAGGAGACACUCAUAAAAUAUCUGGAAAAGAAGUUAAUGGUAACCAGCUGAGGGGAAAAAGAGAAAUUGAUGGCAAAGACAGCAAAAGGAACCACUACUCUAAAGGUCACUGUUCUCUUCCAGGUGAUGCUAUAGAUCUGAACAACCACACGGGGCAGUCACCCCAAACAGCUUUCUCUCUGCCAGCUAACUACACCUGGAAACCGAAAUGGCUUCGUGCUACUUGGGGUCCCUCUGCAGAAAAUGAAAAGCAGGCAUCACCUCCUAAAGGUAACCUCAAGGGCCAGCUCAGAGAGAGCACAAUCAGAACGCUUCCUCCUUCACAGGGAGACUUCCAUCCACUUGACAUUCCAGACACUCCUGAUUCUUUGGGAGGGUUGUCCUUUGAAUCCGAGUUGGUCAAAACCUGCAGUAACCCUACUGCUUGUCCUCCAAAUCAUUUAGUGUCGCUGACAAACAACCUCAUUGGUAGGCGGGCUCCCACAGACCUUCAGAUCUGA